CUUCCGUUAGUCCUUCAUAAAACGAGAUAAGCCUGGACAUCGCAUAAGGAUAAACAUGUCUUACGAAUCGUAAAAUAUAAGGUGAUCCUCAAGUUCACGGCACAGUUGGAUUCCAUCAUUUGAGACGACAACAUGGCUACACGGACUCUGCUGUUACUGGUGUCAAUGGUGGGUGUAGUGCAUCCCCAUUACUUCCCAUACACGAGAACUGACACCGGCGACUCGGUUGACAUCGCCUCUAUGAAACUUCUCAAGGAAACCUACAACGCCGCAGAAGAGAAGAACGUGGUGGCAUCUCCUCUGGGGGUGUUGAUCCUGCUAUCGCUCUAUGGCUCAGGAACUGAAGGAGAGAACAGAGAAGAGCUCGUGAGAUAUCUUAGAAUACGCGAUUUUAGAGAGCUCGAGCUCAGAUACGCCCGUCUCAGCUAUCGGUUCGGCUCUAUGGACCACAGCUUCCUCACUCUCUGCAACAAAGUGCUGGUCUCCGACAAAUACAAAUUGGAGCAGCAUUUCCUCAACACAGCGCGAUCCUACCUCAGCGAAGUGGACAAUAUCAACUUUGAGGAUCCACAAACAGCAGCUGAUUCUAUCAAUGAAUGGUCGGCAAGGAAAACAGAUGGAAAAAUCUCCAAGCCUGUCUCCGCGAGCGACAUCGACGCCAGAGCGGCAGUCGCUCUGCUCAACGUCAUCUACUUCCAGGGUCAUUGGCACGUGCCGUUUAAUGCCAGCAACACCAAGGAGCAGGAGUUCCACGUGGACAGAUCCACCAGCGAGCUGAAGCCCAUGAUGCACCUGGAGCAGCCUCUGAUCUACCGCGACAGUCCCGAGUUGGGCGCCAGGUUGGUAGAACUACCCUACAAAGAGUCCCAGUUCCGCAUGAUCAUAAUUCUGCCCAAGGAGAUCGACGGUCUGCAGAGCGUACUGGACAAGGUGGCUCAGAAGGGACUCCUAGAGGACGUGUUCAAGAUGAACUUCGCAAAUACAGAAGUGAUCCUCGAUUUGCCGAAAUUUGAGAUCAGAUCCAAACUGAACCUUAACGAACUUCUGCCAAAGGUGGGAGUGUCGCGCAUAUUCAAUGAACCAGCACCAGGCCUUGUCAGCGAUACGAAGCUGAUUGUAUCGCGCGCCUUGCAACAGGCUUUCAUUACGGUGGACGAGGAAGGCGCCAGCGCUGGCGCUUUUACUGGUGUUGUAGGUGUUCCUGUGUCCGCAGACUCCCGUCCGCCGCCGCCGAUCCACUUCAAGGCGGACCAUCCCUUCCUGUUCGCCAUCCUGCAUGACGACGUGGUGCUGUUCGCGGGCACUUACUCGCACUAGAACGUCGCGUGUGACGUGAAGCGACGUGACACGUAACGUCAUCUGUGACACGUGAAGCGACGUGACACGUGAAGAGACGUGACACGUGACGU